ACCUGUAAGUGUUCCAGCGGGUACUACUUGGCCGACACAAACAGAUGCAUUGAAGUUGUCCGCUGCUCUGCGCCAUCACAGUCCUGUGAGGACGGCCGGACAUGCAUUUCCCCGGAGCAAGUGUGUGACGGCCGUGCUGACUGCCUGGAUGCGUCCGAUGAAAUGAGCUGCACCUCUCCAGAUAAAACCCAUUCAUCGCCCACACCUGAAAAGCUGGAGGCUGCAGAAAGGGUCACCCCUAAAAUUACCCUGCAUCCCCAGGCUUCCGAGCCCCCCGAGGCUACUUCCCAGGGCCCAGAAGGGAUGACCCAUCCUGUGAGAAAAACACUGAUCCCUCCCAUCCUUGGUCAAGAAAGCAAGACCUCAGAAACCAAGGAAAGAGAGAAGCUUGUUCAGCCCAAGGACUCACAGAGGACAAAACAGCUGCCCUGUAGCAGCGAUUUCUGUGACGGGAGGGGCAUCUGCACAAUGGAAGGGGAGCUGAGAAAAUGCAGCUGUCUGGUGGAAAACAAUGGAGAGGUCUGUGAAGAGGCAGCGCGUGGGCCAGCCCUGAGCUACAUCACCCUCGGCUCAACCAUCGGCCUAUCAGUUGUCCUGGUGGCUCUGGGAGCGUUUGUGCAUUUCAGAAAAGACCGUAAACUAAAAAGAAACACGACAGCCUCAUCAAGAACCCUGGCCAGCCACAAAGAAGAUGACCAAGAAGGAGAGAAUCUAAUGAACACUGAGACUUUCGUCAAUGAAGCCUAUGAUGAACAGGUGUUGUUAACCUCUGUGCAAACUGACUAAUCUGAUGA